AUGAACUUUGUCCGUCGAUGCACCUUCGCUGUAGCCGCGCUUGCCGUAGGAGCUGUGGCUGAGACUGACAGCCAGUGCGCAAUGCAGUUGGGUGCAAAGGCCAGCAAGCCUGCUGCUGCCCCAACUGCGGCUGCGGCUGCGGCUGAUGAGAUGUGGACUUUCGAGGACAUCUUCGGUCAAGGCAGUGCUGAGCCUGCUCCCGCGGCCGACGCCCAGCCAAAGAAGACCAGCCUGGCCCUGGCAGAGGCGGACUCGAAGCCCGCGGCGGCCGUCUCGGCCGAGCAGGUGGAGGCAACUGAGCAGGCUUCAGAGACUGCCGCAGAGACUGCUUCAGAGACUGCUUCAGAGACUGCUGUGGAGGCCGAGGAGAAGCCGGCUAGCAAAGCCAAGGCAAUGAAGAAGGAGCCAGCUAAAGCUCUGGCUAAGGCUGCUGGCGCAGGAAAGAAGAGCCCAGCCGACAAGGAGGACUAUGUCGCGGCCAUGGUUCAGAGCUUCCUGGAGAAGCCGCUCCCCAAAAAGAAUGAUGCCGUAUCGGAGACCAGGCCUCUCGUGUUCUUGCACCAGCACCGUGCAGGUGGCACAACCCUUCGCAAGCUUCUUUACAAUGAGACCAUGGAGCUGAUGACGUCUCUGUCCGGCAAGCAGGUCUCUUGUUUGACCAACUUCCGAGAGCCUAUGGCCCGCAUCACCUCCUGCUAUGCGCAGCGCCUGGUCCAGAAGAGGAAGGUGGCACCGGCAUGCAUGGGCAAGUUGGAUGCAAAGCAGCUCAAAACACUCCUUGUGAACUACGGCUGCGUCAACGAGCCCUUCCGUCGUCUUGGCCAGUGUGGUGUGCAGACUCAUGCUGAUGCCACGGACAAGAAGGCCCGUAUGCAGAUUUGGAACAACACCCUCCAGAACCUUGCCUCCUGUGUGCCAAUCCUGGUGGACAAGCAGGACACCUUCGCGGCAGCAGUCAAGCAGUUCCCGCAGUUCAAGCAGGCCUUCUGGCACAUGAAGAAGCAGAAGUUAAACUCCAACGCCUACCCGAAGGAUUGUGCCAUCCCUACCAGCCACAUCGCUGUGAUCAAAGAGUUGGCUGAGCAAGAGAUGAUUUUGUACGAGGCUGCCAAGAAGAGGGCCCUUGCCAUCCACGCGCACUCCGCCUGA